AUGCUUCAAAGUAUUAUUAAAAAUGUGUGGAUCCCCAUGAAGCUCUACUAUACCAUUUACCAGGAUAUUUGGGUCGGAAUGGGGCUGAUGAACCUCACCGUUCAUAAAAUCCAGACUGCUAAUAAAAGAAGUAAAGCUUUGAAAGCUCUGGCGCCUGCUCAUGGUCAUCACUAA